UUGAGGAAAAUGGCGUUGGACGUAAUUUAUUGUUUAUGUGGCCAAUCCACGGAUUUGUCCCGGUUUAUGAUACAAUGUGAUAUUUGUAAAGACUGGUUUCACGGGAGAUGUGUUGGAGUACGAGAAUAUCAGGCAGUAGACAUCGACAGAUUUCACUGUCCGCGCUGUGAAGCAUAUAAUGGCCCAUCAGUUUUAAAAGCCCGUCUAAAUUGGCAUCGUCACGAUUACUCGGAGACUGAUGCUGCGUCCAAGCCAGUGCAGACCGGCACGCAGGUUUUUAUCAAAGAACUCAAAACUAGACAUUUCCCCAGUUCUGAAGAUGUGGUCUGUAGACUUAGAGGACAACAGCUUACACUGCCACAUAUUAUCGCUAACGGUUUCAACAAACCUAUUUUGGUUGAAGAUAGAAAUGGGCUGGAUCUCAUCGUGCCCCAUGACUCCUUUAAUGUCCUGGAUGUUGAGAAUUAUGUUGGACCUGAACACGAAGUGGAUGUUAUUGAUGUACAGAGACAGUCAGAUGUUAAGAUGCAACUUCACGAAUUCAUAGAGUAUUUUUUGAGUCCCGCCAGAACAACAGUCCUUAACCUCAUCAGCCUUGAAUUUUCAAACACCAGUCUUUCUCAGUUAGUCGAGCCGCCCUAUAUUGUUCGGAAAUUGUGUUGGGUGACAAGCUCCUGGCCAACAGAUCCUCCGCCCGGUCCACCACUCUCUCGUCCUAAUGUGUCUAAAUAUGCCCUGAUAGGUGUAGAGAACUCGUAUACAGAUUUUCACAUAGACUUUGGGGGCACAUCUGUAUGGUAUCAUGUUUUGUGGGGAGAAAAAGUUUUUUACCUAAUCAAGCCAACACCUGCCAAUCUAACUUUAUACCAGAGAUGGAUGAAGGCCAACAACCAGUCAGAAAUGUUUUUUGGUGAUCAAGUUGAUACCUGUUACCGAUGUGUGGUUCAUGCCGGUGAAACGUUAUUCAUCCCUACUGGCUGGAUCCACGCAGUGCUCACACCUACAGAUACACUUGUGUUUGGUGGUAAUUUCCUUCAUUCUCACAACAUUGAACUUCAGCUUCAGAUAUAUGAGCUAGAGAAACAAAUCAAUGCUCCUGAGAAAUUUCGAUUCCCACACUAUGAAUGUGUGUGCUGGUACACAGCCUCCAGGUUGGUGAUGGAACUAAAAGAUAUGGCUGCAGCUGGAACAAGAGUCCCUCCAAUUAUGAUUGCUGGUGCCCGGGCACUCUCUUCAGCCCUCAGACAAUGGGGAGGAGAGAACGGUAGAGGUGGGCUUGAGCCAGUGCCCCCAGGUAUCAAUCCUCUGAAGUUGUUUAAAGAUCUUCAAAGGGAGAUUCGUUCGGCUGAAAAGCAAGUAAUUGCUCUAAACCCACCCAAACCUGAGCGUGAAUCAAAAAGAAGAAAAAAGAAGGUCCUGGCAGAAGACUUCAUUGACUACACCAAUCUCACCAGCUUUAAUAAUGUUCUUGAAGAAAGAUUGCCAGACAGGAAAGUCAAAGUACUCAAGGUCAACUCUCCUCAAGUGGAAAUUGGAGGUCCCGAACUUACUAGCAUCACCGAUGAACACCAGAGAACUCUGAAACUAGCACUUCCUAAGACUGCAACAUACCCAUAUGGCCUUAGCUUUACAUCCUCAGACUAUGGCAUGAGUGGGACUCCACCUCAUGAUCCCGAGUACCCUCAGUUCAAGAAUGAGUAUCCCAGUAAUGUCAAGACUGAGUAUGAUUGGUCAGAUAGUCCUGGAAUAACUCCCUACAAGUUAGUAGAUCCAAGUGGAGUGCGGAUGAAAUUUGGACGCACAGGCAGCACUGACUCUGACAUCUCCAUUACACCAGCAUCUACGCACACAGUCAGAGUUAAAAUCGAGCCCGAAAAUUCAGAGCUAAAAAUACAUAAUGAGUCUGUAUAUGACUUCCAUGAGGAUGGUGACAGUGACGAGAAUGAAUCUUCUGGCCUCAUGAUAGAUGAAACUCCACGCCGCAAGGGAGUUCGUAUCCAACCCCAAGACCCUUUGAAGAUCAAGCUUAGUUUAACUGGUGCCGAUGUAGUGUGUGGGGAGACAGUAGAUGUUGCUGAAGAAGUUGAAGUGGCUCCAUCACACAACACAGCUCACAACGGGAUUGAUGAACUCCUCAGGGCCUCUGCAUAUGCUCCAGACUUCAAUGAGGAUUCUCCGGCACGCAUGGAUGACUUGGAUAGCGAGAGUGGGCGGGCCUCACCAUCUACUAGGGAAGCCAUUGCAGGGAUGCUGAGCAUGAGCCGUGUUGUUCCCGGUGGACGCACACCUUCCAGAAAAUUACAUUCGGCCCAUUCUCGCCAGCCCAAGCCCAGACGACGGUAUGAUGAUGAUGAGAACAUGAGCAAAGUGCAUCAGGAUGAAGAUUAUGUGUAUCCAACUCUUGAUAUAUCUGAUGAUGAAGAUUUUCCCGUGUUCAAACCUCGGGGAAAAAAGAAAGAAGACGAAGCUUGGAAUCCCAAGGCUCGUGUACGGGUUCAGGGUCCACGACCGGAGCGUCCCAUGAGGCAAGGGGUUAGAAGACAAGCAGUAGAGAAGGGCCUGGAGCAGGCAGCAGCAAGAAGACAAAACUUGCCAGCUGCUAAGAGGGCAUACCAUAGAAAAAAACAGCGAACCUUAGAAUGUCAACCAAGUACCUCCUCAGGAGUUGCCGGCCUAAAGGGAAUUAAUAAGCUUUCUAACAAACCCAGAAAGGGCAUGGCAACAGCUAAGCAGCGAUUAGGGAAAAUUCUCAAGAUUCAUAAGAUGCUUCACUAGUUGAUGAGGAGAUACCACAGCAGCUAGUCUGAUGAAACACAUCAGUCCAAGGUAAGAGACUGCUUUUCUGCUUAUCAUUCUCCUAGUUGACCACUCUCUUCUUGACAUAAGUCAUAAUUUAUUGUAAAUAAUUUGUAUACUGUUUGUUAUGAUCAUGUUACUAAUCGAAGUCCAGCUCUGAGAAUAUUGUACUCCGGUACACUGAUGAUUUAUGUCAAGGUUGUUUUCAUAGGUUCAGUGAUACUUGAAGUUUAUUGUAUACCAAUGAAAUAAUAUUUGAAAGUUUAUUGUACACUAGUGAAAUAAUUGUUUAUGCUGAAUAUUUUUC